GGGAGGGGGAGGGGGUCAGCCACCCCGGGCCGUCUAAUCCCGCCACAAUCCUGAUCGGCGUCUGUCGUUGUGACCGGCUUGCUUGACGCCACGACCUCUCACGCUCGCUCAUGGAUUCUUCGGCAUCUGAACGAUCUGAACGUUUGAACUCUCGUCGUCGACACUGCGCACUCUCAGCCGUGAAACAAUAAUCUAGAGCUUCAAAGUUAUACACAACUGUGAGGCGACCAGACACCCCUUUGCAUCAUAUGGUCCUCGUCGGCCGUCAUCCGCACGCUCGAAGAAUUCAGCCAAGUGUACAACGUUCAACGUCAACAUUCAGAUGUCCGAGUCUCAGCGGCGUCCAUAUUGGCUCAGCAUACUGGGGCGACGUUCAAUUCUUAUUGAGCGUGGGCAACCUCAGCGGCUAUGAACGCAUAUCGUAUCCCCACAAAAUGCAACUGGUUACUGGUACGGAGGCUUACAACACGAUCAAUAGGUAAUAGGCGACCACUAUCAAGGGUCAUGACGGCAGAAAGUCGAAAGUGAGUAGGAGUACAGGCCUCCAAAAGUGAUAAAUAGGAGGAUACAGGUGUAAGCGGCUAC